CCAUAUAAAGCCCAUGCAGACUUCGAGUAAAUGCACGCCAGCUUCAAUACCUACAUAAUAUUAAAAUCAGACAUAGAGAAGGUCCAUUGUGUCAGCGUUUGCUGCAGUAAAUCAUUUAACUAGCCAAAGAGCUGAUACAACAGAUACAUUUUGUUUAUCCUUAUCGGCUGAAAUAAACGGUAAUAUUUAAAAUGGUUAUGACGAAGAAAUUGAAGACUUUUGAUAUAAUUUUCCAUGACCCUACUAAGACUUAUUGUAGUGGUGACAAAGUAGCCGGGAAUAUUGUUGUUGAAGUGUCGGAGGUGACCAAGUUAUCCGCUAUGCGAGUGUUUGGCAUUGGAUGCGCCAAUGUGGGAUACACUAAAGGAAAGCAGAGAUGUCAUGAAGAAAUCGAUUAUCUUAAAUACGAAGACACAGUUCGACUAAAUCAUGAACUAAGAGAUGCUGAUGGUUCUGUCACUCUGCGACCAGGAAACAGAUACGAGUUCAUGUUUGCGUUUGAGUUGCCCCAGUCAGGGCAACUAGUAUCCUCCUACAAAGGUAAAUUUGGUUACGUGCAGUAUUAUGUGAGGGCAGUGAUGGAAAGGCCUUCCCAACCUGCCUUGCAGUGUGAACAGCCUUUUGAGGUGGAGGAGCCUCUGGAUGUCAACACACCUGACCUCCAGAUGCCAGCUUCUGGGAGAAAAGAGAAGAGGGUGACUUGCAUGUUCAUUCCCGAUGGCCAGGUGUGCAUCAGCGCCAAGAUCGACCGCAAGGGCUUUUGCGAGGGCGAGGAGAUAUGCAUAAAUGCCAAAUUUGAGAACAACUGCUCGCGCAUCGUGGUGCCCAAGGCGGCCAUCAUGGCGAAGCACAGCUACCAGGCUGGCGGCAGGACCAAGGUGUUUCGGCAGAAGCUGUCGGCCGUGCGCGGCGACCACAUAAUCUCGGGCAUGUGCGAUAUGUGGCAGGGCAAGACCCUCCGUGUGCCCAAGCUUAAACCCUCGUUGAUGGGUUGUGACAUCAUCCAUGUUGAUUACACUCUCAUGAUCUACCUCCACAUCCCCGGUAGUGAUAAACUGAUCAUGGAAUUGCCCCUAGUCAUCGGCACCAUCCCGUUCAGCGGCUUCGCCAGCCGCACCAACAGCAUGAGCAGCCAGUCCGAGUCGCUCGCCAGCCCCUCCAGCAGCUGGGCGUCCAUGAGGCUCCCCUCCGCGCCCCCAAGCUACAGCGACAUCUCCCGCGACCUGCGCAUCGACAGCCUGCUCACGCCGCUGCUGGAGGAUUGCAACAUAGACGAGGAGGACGGUCUCUUCAUGAGGGCACCGGCCCGUCAUUACCCCCCACCCCCGGCGUACUCCGAGGUUGUUGAGGAGCUCAACGGCUGCAACAAUGUUCUUCAGGUUUGCUGAAGUCACAACCUGUCAACUUAACCAAAGUGUGUGCUGUCUGUUGCGAGACUAGAGGUUGGACUGUAAAGUUGUAAAAGAGAAGCACAGCUGUGAAGUUUGGAGAAGCGGGACCAUAACCCUAAAACAACAAUGGAACAGAGACUUUUGAAGAUUUUGGUCUCAGAACAGGUUAAUUAUACUCUGGUCUCAGCUAUCCUCACAGUCUCCAACGUUGAAUGUAAAACCUCAAUGUCACACUGCCAAAAUGCUUACAGAAGUUCACAUUUUUGGGCAUUGAGACAUAUUUUGUAAGUUAUCUGACCUUAACCCCUCAAGUCAUUCCACAUUAGUUCUGUACUUGAGUGCGCUUGAGCAGUCAGAGAGUUGCUGUGUUAGACUCAUGACUGCAACAUUAGAAUUGUCACCCACACUUGAAGAUGAGCACAGCAGCCAUAUGGUUUGUAGAAACCAAGCCAAUGCAAGACUAUGCAGUCAGACAUAUUGUGUUGUUGCACUUUUUGUGGUGGCAGAUUGCUAUAUAAGUAAAAAUUAUAUUGUAUUUUUUUAAGGUCCUUCCUUGGUAGUUUUGACUGUUUUGAAUGUACUGUAGUUUCCAUGUAUUCAAAGCACAAACAAGCUGAUUGAAUAGACUACACGAAUGAAAAAUCUAAAUUAUGUUUUGAAACUGUAUAUAGAAAUUCAAUAUGAAGAGUAUAAUUUUUUUCAAGAUACAUGUUUUAUAUACAAAUACAAUUUGACAGA